AUGACAGGAGUUUCGUGUGUAUUGUUACUCAAUUCAUCUGAAGGAAACAGUGAUCCGCAGAUUCUUGAAAAUCUUAUGAAAAAAUUAGAACUUCUUGGUGCACAAAAAUGUGGCCGAAUACAUGUAGAAAGUGCAGUUUACUUUUCAAACUUCGCUAGAUCUCAGUGCAAAACAUUUCAAGUUCUCACAUCAACUGAAUAUCCAGCAUCAUGUUUUAUUUUCACUGACAAUCAAACAGCUCUUGUUGCUGAUAUAUCUUUCCGCGAAUUCCCAGGGUGCUUAAAAGCGUUUUAUCAACGUAAAAAAAAACUACAAGUUGAAGCUAAAGGGAUAAAGUAUCAGUUGGGUGAUUUUACAAUUAAUUUUAUUACAAUAUUCAUGGGACAAAGUGCUUCCGUUAAGGGAUAUUUAAUCGAGGUUUGUUUUCAUGCCUCAUGCAUGAUACAUUUAUGUCGUGAUAUAUUAAAAGCUUUCAUUACCCAAGUAUUACCGGAUAUUUGUCCUCCAGCUAAUAGUUCAACAGAACACAUAUUCAGCCCAUCGUUUUUACAAGCUGUUGAAACGGGCACAUUUGAUGCACCACGUUGGCCUCCCAGUCAGUUAACUUUCCCAUUGGAAAAUAACUUCUUGCAAGAUGAUUCUCCAUUAUCUCAUGUUUGUGUUAGACUAACAAUGACACAAUAUGCAGAACAUAUCAAUGUUGUUAGACGUUUAUCAAGGCAAUUUGUAAAUACACCGAGUACACUUGCUGCAAAUGAUUCAUCCUAUGCAACUCCUUCAAAUAAUUCGUCAAGUCAAGCUAACAAAAACUCAAAAAAUCAUAAAUAUUCAUCUCUCUCUCUUCAGUCUGACUUCAGAAAUGAAUUGAUAAAAUCAGAUCUGAAUCGAUUGAAGUCUAUUCAUGCAAAACUAUCUAAACAAUGUGAUAUAUGGUCUGAUAAACUUGUUCACAGAUUGGAAACUCGUAAUCAUUUGCUUAUUCAACUAAAUAAUACCUAUGAAAGAAUUAAUUUUAUACUAAAAGCAGAUUGCGAGAAGAAUGGACACGAUACAAAUCUGAAAUUUAGUAUGGAGCCUCGUUUAGGCGAUGAAGCAUUCACGGAAUGGAUCAAUGCUGUACGUCGUAUGGCUCGUAUAGGAGAUGGUUUGCCAUCAGCUAUUCGUUCACGUGUUUGGUCUGCUCUUGCUAAUAGACAAUUAGCUAAACAACAUGUUGAUUGGGAUCAUGAAAUUAAAAUGGCAUUCAAUGAAUUAUCUAAUCAAGAUGAUGACAGAUUAGGUGAACAAAUUGUAAAAGAUCUACAUCGUACUGGAUGUGAACAGUUUGGAUCAGAUUCUGAUCGAGCAUCAUUGAAACGUGUUCUUCUUGCUUAUGCUCGAUGGAAUAAACGAGUUGGUUAUUGUCAAGGUUUUAAUGUCAUAGCUGCUGGUGUAUUAGAUGUUACUGAUCGUAAUGAAAAAGAAGCAUUCAAAAUCAUGGUUUACCUGAUUGAUUAUGUUCUGCCGGAAUCAUAUUUUGCACAAAAUUUACAAGCUCUAUCAGUAGAUAUUGCUGUGUUCCGACAACUUUUACAAAAUAGACUACCUGAAUUAGCGAAUCAUUUAGAUCAUUUACAAUUUAAAGCUGCUUCAGAAAUGGAUUGUCAAUUGGCUAGAAGACAAUCAUCCACAUAUAAACAAGAUAUUUUAUCAGGAAAGUAUCAAGGCGCUUACGAACCUCCAUUAAUGAAUGUCUAUAUUAUUCAAUGGUUUCUUACUUUAUUUGCUACUUGUUUGGCAUCUGAUGCAGUUCUACGUGUAUGGGAUAGCAUAUUGUUAGAAGGUUCAGAAGUGAUUUUACGAACAGCUAUAGUUAUAAUGGAUUUCUUGAAAAGUCGUUUGUUAAAAUUAAAAUCAGCUGAUCAAUUCUAUGCAAAAAUGAGUGAUUUAAUGUCAGAAUUUUCUGAAGGUCGAAUAGUAAGCAGUCAAGAAUUAUUAUUUGAAAUCUAUGAACUCGCGCCAUUUCCUUAUCCUGGAUUAAAAGAAUUACGUGAAAAAUUUAUGUACAAUAUUGCGCCGUUAGUUGUCAGUAAACAAUUGUCUCUGAAUUCAUUGAUUAAUCAUAAUAAAGAUGCACAAAGUGUUUCAAAUAAUAAUCAAAUGAAAAUGAGCAAAUUUAAUUUAUUGAAAUAUUUUCCUACAAAUUUCAAAACACACAAAUCUUCACAGUCUGAUAAGGAUAAUGAAAAUUUAACAAAAUUUAAAAAUAGAAAAUAUUUAAACGAAACCACUGGAUCUUCUAAUAGGAUUAAAAAUGAUUUGACACAACCUAUGGUUACAGAAAAGCGACACUGUGACAUAAAAAGCGAUCAAUGCAUACAAAGUACAGAAGAGAGAUGUUUACCAAUUGCAGAGUUAAAUGAUAAAGACGGCAUAGGAGAUAAUUAUCAAGAGAUUAGUUUAACUAUGGAUAUGGAUCCUGAAGUAGAGAAAAUUGCUCGAAACGGUGAUGAUUCAGUAAAUAGCCAGAUUGAUAUGACUCAUUCUAAGGAAGUGGUACACAAUAAAUCAGCUCAGAGAUUUUCCAAUGAUCAAGUUAAAGGAACUGUUAAAUGUUUUUCAGCAUUUUGGUCAGAUAAAUCAAAUAAUAGAGAUUCAUUAUUUUCUAAUAAAUCUUGUAUUUCUGAAAAUAAUUCAAUGAAGUCUUCACGACGAUCUGUUAACGAAACUCUUCCUGGAAAUUUAUUUCGUCCAAAAAGUUUAGAUUAUAGUCCAUUCGGAGACGACGGAAUGAAAUCGAAUUCCGAUAUUAGUCAAACGUCGCUGUCAUUUAAAACAUCACACAGAAAUAAUCAUUGUCCAGUCAAGUCAACAAGCUUCGAUUCUUAUGGUACUUUAGAUAAUGUUUCUGAUAAUAAUCUCAAUGAAAUUGAUGAUAUAAGUAAUUAUACUACUGCUACUACUGCUACUUCUGCUUCUCCAAAUGAUUUGAACAAAAAUGUUAAUAAUUCAUCAGAUGCCAGUCCUACAAUGUGUCUAAAUCAGAAAUUAAUUGGUGCUGUGAAAUCUUGGCAAGAAAAUGCGGAUUGGUCUGUUGCUAUUGAUGAAAAUGAUGAUCCUAAUGUGAAAAUUUCGGCCGAUGAAUUGAACAGUAAAAAAUUAACAAUUAAACAGUCUAAUAAUAUGAAACCUAAACUACAUGAAUUAGCAAAGCUCAAUAGUUUAGAAAUUAGUUUACCAAUGAAAUAUUCCUACUCAGAUGAAACACUAAAUGGUCAUCUUACAUUGAACACUCAUCGUGAUCAUAUGGACUAUGAGGUGGAUUCUAUGCAUUCACUAGCACAUUAUAAAAAUAUCUAUGAUACGAAUAUAAUUUAUUCAAACAAAUCUAUGAAUGAAUUCAUCUUAAUGAAUAUAAUUAAACAAUAUAACCAAUUAAAACAAGCUAAAACUAUGGAUAAUUUCAAAGAGUCAAAAACCACACCUACACACUCAUCAAGUAUAACAUCUAAUGAAGCACUUUCUUUGAAUGAUACAGAAACUUCAUCAUGCAUUACACCGGUUCUUACAAAAAGUGUACCGAAAAAGUUACCAUGGCAAGAGGCAGCAUAUUCAUUUGCUCUUAAUUGUCGUCUGAACAACAAAUUGCACACUUCCAAACCGACCUGUGAAUUGCUCCCGAUAAAAACAACGCUUACACAAUCUCGAAAAGAGUUUGGAGCGAAAUUCGGUAUUUAUUAG